UUUAUUUUAUUUAUAGGCUAAGUGGGUAUUAUAAUGAAGUAAUAGAAAGAAAUAACUGAAUGAGCACUCGAUCAGCAAAUUAAAAUUUUUUUUUACAAUCUUGUUUUGGGUAGCAUUUAUUUAUUGCUAUCUAUUACGUCAUAUACGUGUAAACAACAUACAUAUAUAUUAUAUAGUGUUAUUUUAUGAGUACGCUUUAGUUUCAUAACAUUUAAUUUCUAUGUUUUUUUUACUAAUUUACAAACUUUUUAUUCUAGUUUAUCGUCUUUUUAAAAUCUCUCAUUUAAUUUUUUACCCUCAACUAACAUUCAUGCAUCAUUUUCAUAAUUUUUCCGUUUGCAAAAAUCCAAAUUCAAAAAAUAUAUAUACAUACAUAUAUGAAUAUUACAUAACGUGAAGUGAUUGAUUGAAGAGCAACAAGAAAAUUGCCAAUGUCGAAAAAAGAACAAAAGAAAGCAAAAGAACCCGAAUAUAAGUUGGAAACCGUUCCGAUGGAUCCACGUUUUCCAAACUCGAAUGUGACGCGACAUUGCUGGUUUUCCUAUGUGGAAUUCCAUCGUUGUCAGAAGAGUCGUGGUGAAGGGCAUGAAUCAUGCGCAUAUUUUCAAAAAGUUUUCAAAACAAUGUGUCCGAAUGCUUGGGUGGAAAAGUGGAAUGAACAACUGGAAGCCGGUGUCUUUCCAGGCCGAAUUUAAAAUGUUUUCCUUUAUUGUUUGCUGUCAAUUAUUGUUAAAUGACAUAAUCCAUGCUACUAGCUGAACUGUUAAGCGCUUCAAAACACACACAAACAGCUAUACCUACAGCCACAUAAACGCAUAUUCACUAUGAACAUCCACUUUUUCACCUAUUUAAUAUAAAUUACUUAAAUAAAAUUGGUUUUAGUGUAGAAAAGUA